GUGAUUAUCAACGUCCCUUCUUUACCUUUUCGCGUCGUUUUUGACGCCCACGACAAUCAAGAUGCCGGAGAAGCGUCCACACCCCGAAGAUGGCACCGACGUCGCCAACGGGCACAAACGGCCACGCUCCAACAACGCAUCUCCCGCACCACCGAGUAAUGGUGUCUCCAAGAAGAAACCUGAUCUCAACGCCCAAAUCGCCGCCGCUCGUGCCAAAGCCGCCGAAAUCAAAGCUCGACUUUCUGCCAAAAAUGCCGGGCCCGCCUCUCCUUCUCCCGCACCUCCUAGUGUAGCCGCACCGUUUGAUCGAGCGAAAACACUCGAAGACAUCCGAGCACGUAUUGCAGCGGCGACCGCGAAGAAAGCAGCCACCGCAGAACCGCCGCCACGGGCGGGCUCGUCCAGAUUUCCUCCCCCGAACGACUUCGACGAGGGGCCGUCGCGGGCGCGUGGAGGGCUGGGGAUCGGGCUACAUCCGGCGCUGAUGGGCGACGUCGGAGCCGAUCGGUCGAAGAGCCGGUCGAUGCACCCGAAGUUCGCUACGACAUCUGGAAACCGGCGGACGGAGUCGCCGCUGAGGCGGCAGCAGCUGGAUCUAGCCGGGCCGAACGUCGAGGAGCUCAAGAGCAACCCAUACAUGGACCCGAACUUGAGCCUCAUGCCGCGGGGACGGGUGCCGAAGAACUUGGUGUUUAAUCAGAAGGGGAAGUAUAUACAGCAGGGGAACGCGCUACGGCGGCAGGCGGCGCUGGAGGAGAUGAAGAAGAGGAUUGCGGAGCAGGCGAGGAAGGUUGGGUUGGAUGAGGAUAAUGACAAGUCGUUCCUGAUCCAGGCGCCGCCUGAGAUCGAGUGGUGGGAUGAGGCGUUGGUGGACGGGACGGAUUACACCGGGGUGGAGGAUUCGAAGAAUCUGAAGAUCGACACGGAGGAUUCGAUCAUUACGCGAUAUAUCCAACAUCCCGUCCUGAUCGAGCCGCCGCAGGAAAAGAACGCGCCAGCACCGAAACCAAUGUUCUUGACGCAGAAGGAAAUGGCGAAAAAACGUCGGCAGACGCGGAUGGCGAUCCACAAGGAGCAACAGGCGAAGAUCCGACUCGGCCUGGAGCCGCCACCCCCGCCGAAGGUCAAGAAGAGCAACCUCAUGCGCGUGCUCGGCGAACAAGCCGUCAAAGACCCCACCGCCGUCGAGGCGCGCGUGAACAGCGAAAUCGCUGAACGCGCAGCCCAGCACGAUGAGGACAACGAGUCGCGCAAGCUCACCAAGGAAGAGCGACACCAGAAGCUCGCGGAACAGCAAGAGAAGGACGCGCUGAAAGGCGUGUUAAUCGCUGUCUUCCGGAUCGAGAACCUCUCGUACGGAAAACACCGCUACCAGAUCGACAUCAACGCGAAGCAAAACGACCUGACCGGGAUGACCAUCCUGCACCCGAAAUUCAACAUCGUCAUCGUCGAAGGCGGCGCGCAUAGUAUUCGGAACUACAAGAAACUCUUGCUGAAUCGGAUCAAGUGGACCGAGAACGCGGCGCCGGCGAGCGUGCGGGAAGGGAACCGCGAGGUGGAGAAGGAGUGGUUGAAGAGCGUCGCGGAUAGCGGUGAACUGAAGGAUCUCAGCUUCAACAAGUGCACGUUGGUGUGGGAGGGGCAGGAGAAGGAGAGGAAGUUCAAGAAAUGGGGAAGUAAGGUGUGUGAGACGGAUGUGGAUGCGAAGGAUGCAUUGACGAGGUUCAAGAUGGAGAAUUUUUGGACGCUAGCAAAGAGUUUGGGACAGGCGGAUGGGUUCGAAGGGUGAGGUUCUUGCAUAGCGGACGAGAUACGCGACAUAUACGAACGGCACAGCGUGUACAGAUCAAGUUAAUUCAUCCACUAAGGCGACAUUUGCAUCGGUUGCGUACCGGUCCGAUCAAUGCAAUACAUUGAAACCGAACCCCUUGUGUCGUCCAUCAUUUGCUGCAAGGAUGCGUCUUAUCCGCCCAAAUCUAUCCGUAAUUGAACUGCUGCCGACAAA